AGUUCAAAUCUGGCUGCGGUGGCCGUCGGCCGAGUUUCGUCGCGUCUACGUUCCAAACAUAAAGUUCGAGCGCGUACGAAGUGAAGCAUUUCACUAUUAGAACUUUCCUAUUCCAAUUUUAAACUAAAAUUUUAUUAUUUUUGACAUAAUUGAUUUUCUUUAUUUUUUUCUGAUCUAUGUCGUGAUUUCCAAACUUUUUAAUUAGAAAAACUGUAUUGUAAAAUGAAAAACUUUUUCGCGUGAUGUAUUUGAUUACAGUUAAUGAGUGAUGAUUGUGCUAGCAGUGUAAUUAAAGAGGGAAAAAACUUUCUAAUUUUCAUUUUUUAUUUGAGAUUUAAACACGAUCGCAGACAAUUAUUGUUUAAGAUACCAAGAUAUGCACAAUGGAAGAUUACAAUUUCACAUUGGACACGGAAAACAGAUCGGAGCCCUAUCAACCGUAUUACGAGAGACCCGAGACGUACAUAGUACCAUUGAUCUUCGCACUAAUAUUCAUUAUUGGCGUCGUUGGCAAUGGCACACUGGUGGCUGUUUUCGUGAGGCAUAAGGCCAUGAGAAAUGUUCCUAAUACUUAUAUAUUGUCACUGGCACUCGCUGAUCUUCUCGUCAUCAUCACAUGCGUACCGUUCACAUCCAUUGUGUACACUGUCGAAUCUUGGCCAUGGGGCGACACCGUGUGCAGAGUGUCCGAAGCAGCGAAAGAUGUCAGCAUAGGCGUGUCAGUAUUCACAUUGACGGCUCUGUCAGCAGACAGAUACUUUGCCAUUGUGGACCCACUGAGGAAGCUACACGCUACUGGUGGCAGCAAACGCGCUACUAGAUUGACAGUUGCAACUGCAAUAGGUAUCUGGAUACUGGCAGCAUUAUUGGCCACACCAGCGUACGUUGGCUCGUACUUGAGAGCUUUCGUGGUCAAUCCAACUACACAGUUCUUGGUCUGCUACCCUUAUCCGCCAGGAUGGGGCGAGGGCUAUCCACGCCUGAUGGUGCUGAUGCGAUUCUUAAUAUACUACUCACUACCUUUGGCUGUCAUCGCUCUUUUCUACGUGCUGAUGGCCAGGCACCUCGUACUUAGCACGCAAAACGUACCGGGAGAAAUGCAAGGCACUCAAAGACAGAUGCGAGCUCGUAGGAAGGUGGCUGUCACAGUACUGGCAUUUGUACUAGUAUUCGCGGCAUGCUUUCUACCCUCCCAUGUUUUUAUGAUGUGGUUCUAUUAUUGCCCAACAGCAGAGGAAGAUUACAAUGGAUGGUGGCACUCCCUAAGGAUCGUGGGAUUCUGCCUCUCUUUCCUCAACAGCUGCGUCAACCCUAUAGCUCUCUAUUGCACCAGCGGCAUCUUCAGGAAGCAUUUCAAUAGGUAUCUUCUCUGCCGCGGAGGGUCAUCACACGGGACUCGUGGAUCUUUGUCACUCUCAACCUCUAGGAGGAUUACGUCUAGCAGGAAAACUAACAUUAGCAUGAUUCCUAGAACGACAAGUGUGGGCAGAGAUAGCAGCAUUCGGCUAUUAAACAACGGCACCUCAAAACUCUGAGGGAGGUCUCUGGGCCGCUGUCCCGCCAACAAUAAUCGGGAACGGUCCCAAGAAAACUAUAGCAAGUGUAUAAUAUUCAAAACGGACAAUAUGGCACCGUUUCCGAAAUGUUGCGAGAACGAAAGUGGUGUGAAACACCUAGAAUCUAAUGUAGACGCAAAAGAGAGCAGCACUGAAAGUUUUUUCUUGCAGCUCGAUGGAUAAUUUCGGUCGAAGUAAGAUAUUUUUUUAAUUAUUGUUAAAGUAAAUGUUAAUCGGUAAACGUUAAUACAUAGUACAAUCAUACCAAAGGGUCUCUAAUUGUUUUAUAAACCUUUUUGUCAAUUAGCAUGUGUUUCUUACUCGUAUUUCUUAUACGAUAAAUCCAAAACAUCAUUAUUAAGUUACGUCAUUUCUAAAUUUCGAAUUUUCAAAAACUUUUUAAAAUAAAUAUAUAUCCAAUUAUUUUUACUUUAACACGGCUUUACAGCUAUUUUUUAUUGUUUUCAAUUACAACAUUAACAGUGUUGUUACAUAAUUUUAAAUAAACAAAUGUAGAUUUUCACAACGCAUUUUAGAUAGGUGAUAAUAAAAAAGCUGGUUUGUUAAAAAUGUACUCUAUUAAACAAUAAUUUAAGAAAAAAGAUGACAUUAG